AUGGGUCACUGUAAGGCCCCAGAUCAUUUUCAGUUUGCUAAGUUGAAAACCCAAACCAAUGAAUCUCAUUUUCCCAUUGGAACAUCUUUAAAAUAUGGAUGCCACCCUGAGUAUUAUGGGAGGCCAUUCUCUAUCACGUGUCUAGAAAACCUAGUCUGGUCGCAUCCCAAAGAUGUCUGUAAACGUAAAUCAUGUAGUAAUCCUGCAGAUCCUGUGAAUGGCCUGGUGCAUGUAGACACAAACAUCCAGUUAGGAUCCAGAAUUAACUAUUCCUGUAAUAAAGGAUACCGGCUCAUUGGUCGCUCAUCUGCUCAGUGUGUCAUCUCAGGCAGUGCUGUACACUGGGACACAGAGCCGCCCACUUGUGAACGUAUUCUUUGUGGGCCACCCCCAGCCAUCACCAAUGGAGAUUUCUUUAGCACCGACAGAGAAUAUUUUCAGUAUGGAUUGGUGGUGACCUACCGCUGCAAUCUUGGAGACAGAGGGAAAAAGGUGUUUGACCUCGUGGGCGAGCCCUCGAUAUACUGCACCAGCCAUGACGAUCAAGUGGGCAUCUGGAGUGGCCCUCCCCCUCAGUGCAUUCUACCUAAUAAGUGCACGCCUCCAGAGGUGGGAAACGCAGUAAUGGUAUCUGGCAACAGAAGAUUAUUUUCCUUAAAUGAAAUCGUGGAGUUGAGGUGUCAGCCUGGCUUUGUCAUGAAAGGACCCCGCAGUGUGCAGUGCCAGGCCCUAAACAAAUGGGAGCCAGAGUUACCAAGCUGCUCCAGGGUGUGUCAGCCACCUCCAGAAAUCCUGCAUGGUCAGCAUACCCCAAGCAACAAGGAUGACUUCUCCCCUGGCCAGGAAGUGCUCUACAGCUGUGAGCCUGGCUAUGACCUCAGAGGGGCUGCUUCUCUGCGCUGUACACCCCAGGGAGACUGGAGCCCUGCAGCCCCCAGAUGUGCAGUAAAAUCCUGUGAUGACUUCCUGGACCAACUCCCUAAUGGCCGUGUGCUGUCUCCACUGAAUCUCCAGCUUGGGGCAAAAGUGUCCUUCAUUUGUGAUGAAGGGUUCCACUUAAAGGGCAGUCCCAUUAGUCACUGUGUCCUGGUUGGAACGAGAAGCCUUUGGAGUAACAGUGUUCCUGUGUGUGAACAAAUCUUUUGUCCAAAUCCUCCAGCGAUCCAUAAUGGCAGACACACAGGAACUCCUGGGGAAGAUAUUCCCUAUGGAAAAGAAAUAUCUUACACCUGUGACCAUGACCCAGACACAGGAAUGACCUUCGACCUCAUUGGGGAGAGCACCAUCCGCUGCACCAGUGACAGUCAAGGGAACGGGAUUUGGAGCGACCCUGCCCCCCGCUGUGAACCUUCUGUUCUUAGAGUGUGUCAGCCACCUCCAGAAAUUGCACAUGGUGAACGUAUCCCAAGGGACAAAGUGGACUUCUCUCCCGGGCAGGAAGUGCUCUACAGCUGUGAGCCUGGCUAUGACCUCAGAGGGGCUGCUUCUCUGCACUGUACACCCCAGGGAGACUGGAGUCCUGCAGCCCCCAGAUGUGCAGUGAAAUCCUGUGAUGACUUCCUGGACCAACUCCCUAAUGGCCGUGUGCUGUCUCCACUGAAUCUCCAGCUUGGGGCAAAGGUGUCCUUCAUUUGUGAUGAAGGGUUCCAGUUAAAAGGCAGCUCUGCUAGCUACUGUGUCUUGGCUGGAAAGAAAAGCCUUUGGAAUAGCAGCAUUCCCAAGUGUGAACAAAUCUUUUGUCCAAAUCCUCCAGCGAUCCAUAAUGGCAGACACACAGGAACUCCUGGGGGAGAUAUUCCCUAUGGAAAAGAAAUAUCUUACACCUGUGACCACGAUCCAGACACAGGAAUGACCUUCGACCUCAUUGGGGAAAGCACCAUCCGCUGCACCAGUGACAGUCAAGGGAACGGGAUUUGGAGUGGCCCUGCCCCCCGCUGUGAACUUUCUGUUCUUGUAGAGGUAAAAUGUAGCCUUCCACAGUUUAUGAAUGGAAUCCGGAAGGAGUUGGAAAUGAGAAAAAUAUAUCGCUAUGGAGAUAACGUAACUUUGGAGUGUGAAGAUGGGUAUGCUCUAGAAGGCAGUUUCUGGAGCCAGUGCCAGGCAGAUGACAGAUGGGACCCUCCACUGGCCAUAUGUACAUCUCGUAAGUGCAAGAGCAAGGCAUUUAAGCCCUUCCCAGUCAUAGUUACUGUUCAUUCAUUUGUUCAUACUGGCAUCAAGUGUGGUAUGAGGUUUAUGGCAUAUGCUAGGAGCUAA